AUGUUAUCGCAAAUUUUUGUGCUUGCAACUGUGAUUUUCGCAACAACCCUCGCCUACCAAUCGGUGGGCGUUCACGGAUGGCUGGACUGUGCCGGGCAAAAAGUGGGCCGAAAUGUGCCGGUGUACAUCUACAAUCAAAAAUCGGAUAAAUGGUAUCAUCCGAUUUCCAACAGUUACACGAGUCAAUCCGGGGAAUUCCGAGUGACGGCUACAGAUAAAAAACUUCAAAAGCCAUUCAUCGUCAUUGCACAUCGAUGUGGACAAAUUGAGUCGAGUUGUUACUGGUUGGCCAAACUGCCAAUCCAGUCUAGCUAUAUCGUCAAUGGAACUGUGGUCGAGAAAUAUCAGGAAUUCAAAAACAUUGAACUUCGCAAGUAUCCCGAUCAAAAGAUAUGCAGUGCGAAGGCGAUCGACGCGGAAAUCAAGGCAAAGCCAUUGUCAGCAGCAGAUUUUAGCAUU